ACCACUAUCUAGUACACAAGUAAUACGCGUCACAAUUCAAAGACCGUGAAUCGCGCGAACGCCUAUAAUUCAGGAGAACUCCCAAACAAAAUUACCAAUAUCGCAUUAGCCCUUGAUAUCGCCGCGACGUAUAUUUAUCUGGGCACUUUGACUCUACAACAUUUUAACGCACGUGCAUGAAAUUUAGGGAGUUGAGUCCCUUUUUUUGAGUUUGAACGAUAAACGACCAUUAUGAAGUUCGGCAAACAAAUCCAGGCAGAACAGGUCCCAGGAUGGUCUGCAUACUAUCUGGACUACAAAUUUCUCAAGAAGAUCAUUUCGUCCCUUACUGCUAAUCGACCUGCGUCCGAAGCCGCUGCAUUAGCCCUUGGUGUCCGCCCAGCCGAUAUCUUGAAACCUAUUUCGCAGAAUCGUACCCCAGCAAUCCGAGUCUCAGUAUUAGCCCAACCAGAUACAUCAAAUCCUGUGGAGCUGAUAACGCAAGAUGAGCCGGAGGAACCACCUAUAUCGUCUACUCUUCAACAGGAUGACGAUCGUGGUUCUGACUUCCAGGCGCACAAAGCCGCUUUCUUCUUCAAGUUAGAGCGUGAACUGGAGAAGAUCAAUACAUUCUACCUGCAGAAAGAAGCAGAGCUGAAGCUCCGGUUGGAGACCCUGCUCUCCAAGAGGCGUGCUGCAGCAAUGCGCGGACUCCCUGAUACGUCCGAGGAAACGACUGUGAAUCAUGUCGAAUGGAGUGCUGUUGAGGAGGGCUUCCGCCUCCUUGAAAGGGAUCUUGGAAAACUCCAGCAAUUUAUCGAAAUGAACGCAACAGGAUUCAGGAAGAUUUUGAAGAAAUGGGAUAAGAGGUCGCGGUCAACAACGAAGGAGCUCUACCUCACCAGGCAGGUUGAGGUCCAACCAGUGUUCAAUAGGCAGCUCAUAUCAGAGCUGUCUGAUACCGUAGCAUCCUGCCUCCUGGAUAUCACCGACCUAUCGGCUAGCUUGAAGCUUGAAGGUCCGGCUGCCCAUGAUGUCGUGAGCUUCAUCGAGAAAAAUAUGUACGCAGGACCGUUCCGCGAUUUUGAACAUGAUUUGCGAAGAGCCGUGGAGAACUCAGAUGAAGCUUCUAUCAAGGAUCUUGUUCACCACUCGGAUCUUCUUGGUAUACAGAAUGGAGGCAGAAUCAAUGUUACCCGCGUGCUGUGGAGGGUUAUCGUCGAUGCGCCACCUGAGCUAGCGGAUCUAGUACUCGCCAGCAUCACGGUCCCGUUUGACUUCGACUUCGUUGACGAUAUCAAUGGGCGAACGUGCAUCCACGAAGCAGCUGCCUCGGGAGCUCUUCGCCUCGUCAAUAUGUGCUUGGAGAAGUCUUCACAGCCAGAGAAGCUUGAUGUUUAUGGUCGGUCUGCCAUGCAUUAUGCAGCGAUGCAUGGGUACGCGCAUGUCUGCAAGCGGCUUUUGGAAGCUUCUCUACCUCCACACGUUCUCGAUGUGGACAAUUGCAGCCCUCUGGUUUAUGCCACCUUGCGGGGAAGUCCGGAAUGCGUGCAAGUGCUGUUGUGCGACCAGUGCAUCUCGCCAUCAUUCACUGCGCUGAACGAUAAUCUAAUUCCUUUGGCUUUGGCCAGUGAGCAUGGUCAUCUGGAAAUCGUGUCUCUUCUUCUGAAAAGAGGGGCACGUUGCAUGCCAAAUAGCAAUGGCCAAUACCCUAUCCAUCUUGCUGCACGGGACGACAAGUACCACGAGUGGACGCCCCUCUUUCACGCCGCGCGCCAGGGUCGCGCAUCUUGCCUUCGAAUUCUUCUGGAGGCUGGUGUUCGAAUGGACUUGGCUGAUGAAGUAGGACAUCAGGCGGUUCAUUAUGCGGCCUGGUAUGGACAUCGAGAGUCUGUAGAAAUCCUCAUCGAAGCUGCAGCGAAGGUACCCCACGCCACGGAAAUCGUUAGUCUCGGCCCCAAGUCUCCUCUGGAUAAGGCAGAAAUGCAAGUGGAUUCCGAGUUUGAUCAGAUUCCUUCGUUAUCACUUCCUCCCCCGAUCAUGCCACAUCGCGUAUACGGGCAUAAUUAUCUGGACAGGAACUAUCUCGUUGAAGUUACCGUCAACAAUAACCUUUUCCAAGGCGCGGGUGUGACACUCCAUCCUCGUCUGACCAGCUCUAUCAUUGCGCCCAAUUUGUCACUUCCAUCUUCAAAGCCCCUGAAAAUGGUAAUUACCGCUGGUCCUGGUGUCAAUGCUGCUCCGUACAGUAUUCUAUUGCCUCAAAUGGAAGAUUGCGAUGUGUUUGUCUUCCAAUCCCCGUCGCUGAAAGGGUUGAGCUUGGAACUUUCGAUAUAUCCCAAUUUUGGAACCAAAACGAUCGGGCGUGCGAUUGCUCAUCCAUCGGUUUUCCAAGGCCUCGAUGGUGUAUCAGAUGUAACACUUCCUAUCCUUGAUACUCGUCUUCAUAGUAUCGGAGAAGUUACUGUCUCAAUCAAUGUCAUAACACCAUUUCAAGGUGUUACGUUGGAAGUGGGCGGAGCGGUGGAAACCUACUGGAAAUCAAUGGCAAUACCCAGAGGCACACCUUCCAAUUCGCAAACAUCAUUGCCGUGGCAGCAAUCUCCCAGGUCACUGGAUUCGACAUAUACAUCACCCUCCAUACACUCCAACCCCCCCUCCCCGUUGCACACAUUAACCUUGUCAUCAUUGAUCGGGAAUCACGUGCAUAUCACCGUACAAGUCACGCGCGACCUGCAUUCUGUAAUAUUCGGCGACUAUCUUCUUCCUGAGACCUCUUUUGACCUUGGCGUUUCCGAUGUCAAUCUGGAACAGUUCCAGGCUUUGGCAAGUCGAUUGGAGCGCGAUAAUAAAUCGCUUAGAACAGCAGUAUCUGCGCAAGAAUGGUCCAGAAUGCUGUCACACAGUAUGAUUACUCUUGCGGAUGUCAUGCAGGUUCUUCCUACGCAACUCGGCCUUACGUUAGAAUUGGCUCUGCCUGCCAGGCGUCGAGACCGUGGUUCCAUCAGAUGCCAAGUGGACCUAAAUGAAGCUGUUGAUAGCGUGCUGCGCACAAUCCGGCAGACUUCUUCGGCUCUAGGUGGCGCGUUCGCUCGUCGCCGAAUUGCCUUCACUUCAUUUUCGCCACAAGUCUGUGUAGCACUUAAUUGGAAACAACCAAAUUAUCCGGUGUUUUUUUCAUCUCAAUGCGGCCAAAUUGACCAGGGGCAACGAGUGUCGACGGGAUACCGUGCUGAUGAUACAAGUCCCGGAUGUCAUUAUUGGUCAUCUAGCGUAGCUGCUGGCGUCGACUUUGCAAAGCGAAAUAACCUUUUGGGUGUUUUCUUCGAUCCGAAAUUAUUGUUGCAGGUCCCUUCACUGAUUCAAGGAAUCAGGGACGCUGGCCUUGUAGUUGGCUUCUGCGACAGUCCGCUGGCCAUCGCUGAGCCAUUGGAAGGUAAAAAUGUGGACGCAUACAUUCGUGAUGGCAUCGUAGUAUACAUGGACCAUUCUACGAGCGAUCAGUUUUGAUGCACAGCUAUGUCUAAGUCUAUGAAGUAUGCAAAAUAGUUCAUCUGGGAGAAUGAAUGGGUGAGAGCGAAAGGAAGAACAUCUGCCGCUUUAAACGGAUGCUUUAUAUAGUGUGGCGUAUGAACCAGCCCUUUUCAAUAGGUCAUCAUGACUGCCGAACUCAGUUAUUGACCCGUUUUCCAUCAUUGCGAUUUUAUCCGCCCGACGGGCAGUUGACAAACGAUGAGUGAUGAAAAUCACUGUUUUAAGUCUUUCGCCUUG